UGUUUUCAUUUUGUAUUCUAUGUUGGUUUUAUAUUUACAGUUUUUUGUGAAUAAGUAUACAGAAAUAGUGCGCCGUCUUUAAGUUAAUAUGCUGGGCUUGCAAAAUUACGCCAGCUCCUCAGAGGGGGAGGAGGACAACGAGAAAGCAGAAACCGAGGCUUUGCAUUUGCAGCCGCUCGACAGAGAACACUCUUUGUCGUUGGCAGUGUGUGCGGCACCAGAUGUAGUGCCCAUUGGAGCAGCAGCAGUGGCUAGAACGCUGGAUCCCACGCUUAAGGAGGUGUGCUACAACCCACGGUAUGACGAAAUGUUUGCACCAGUGAAAGGACCAGAACAUCCCGACAUGACCAUGCAACAGCGAGCGCCGCGUAAUACAUUGGCUGGUUAUGUGGAGAAGGCGCAUAUAAAUGCAUUCGAGUUUGAAAAUCAACGCCGCACAUUUCACACCUAUGGCUAUGCCUUGGACCCCACUGUAGAUGAGACAGCGGAUGGGCAGUCUUAUGUGGGAGACUUGCAGUCGGCUUAUGAUGACAAUGGCAAGACAGUAUUUGAAUCGCCAAAGCCAAAAAAAAUGCGUAAGCAAGAAAAGAAUGAUAAUCCUGAGGAUAUUGAAGGCUUUCUGGGUCCCUGGGGUAAGUAUGAGAAUGAGGUAACAGUAGCCAAGCCAAAUGAACAGGAGCGCGCCGAACUGGACGAGUUGCUCUCCAAGCGACACAAGCGUGGACGCAUACCCGAAGACAAACCGCUGGAGGAGAAGUCCACGUUGCAUAUUAAGGACGCCUACGAUUACCAGGGACGUUCAUAUUUGCAUGCGCCACAUGAUCUGGGUGUAAAUUUGCGUUCCAAUGCGCCGCCACCGAAAUGCUUUUUGCCCAAAGCGCAUAUACACACCUGGUCUGGUCACAACAAGGGUAUAUCAUCCAUACGCUGGUUUCCUAAGACAGCACAUCUGCUGCUCUCGGGCUCAAUGGAUUGUAAGGUCAAGCUCUGGGAGGUGUAUGGCGACCGACGUUGCAUACGCACAUUUGCCGGUCAUCGACAGGCUAUCAAGGACACCGCCUGGAACAACAAAGGCUCACAUUUUCUAUCUGCCUCCUAUGAUCGCUAUAUAAAGUUGUGGGAUGCGGAAACAGGCGAUGUGGUGUCUAGGUUUACCACACGCAAAAUGCCGUUCUGUGUCAAGUUUCAUCCGGACAAUAGCAAACAGCAUUUGUUUGUAGCAGGCACAUCGGACAAGAAGAUUAUCUGCUGGGACACGCGGAGCGGAGAUAUUGUGCAGGAAUAUGAUCGUCAUUUGGGUUCGGUGAGCACCAUUACCUUUGUGGAUGACAACCGCCGCUUUGUAACCACUUCGGACGACAAAUCCAUGCGCAUUUGGGAGUGGGAUAUACCAGUCGAUAUGAAGUAUAUUGCUGAUCCCACUAUGCAUUCCAUGCCAGCCGUUACCUUGGCGCCCAAUGGCAAAUGGAUGGCCUGCCAAUCGCUGGACAACAAGAUUGUUAUAUUCUCUGCGUUGAAUCGCUUUAAAAUGAAUCGCAAGAAGACCUUCACUGGUCACAUGGUCUCGGGCUAUGCCUGCCAGCUGGACUUUUCGCCAGACAUGAGCUAUCUAGUCUCCGGUGAUGGCGACGGCAAGUGCUACAUUUGGGAUUGGAAGACUACAAAGAUGUACAAGAAAUGGCAGGCGCAUGAGGGCGUGUGCAUAAGCGCUUUAUGGCAUCCGCAUGAAGCCAGUAAGUUAGUCACAGCUGGCUGGGAUGGUCAGAUUAAAUAUUGGGAUUAGACAACGUUUGCAUAAACUACUAAGCACAAUUGUAAAAAAAAAUCAAAUAAACAAGAAUAUUAAGUGU